GGGAGGCGGACUGCUGAGCAGUGGGUGCGAACACUGCGUUGCAGUCUCGCCCAGGGGCCGGUGCCUGCGCUCGCGCCGCCGGGUGGGAAGGAUGAAGCCGCAGCUGGAGCAGCCACCCUAUGAUUGGCUGGGGCACUUGUGAACCCGAAGUAAAGAUGGCGGGCGGGCAGGCAGCCGCCGUACUGCCCACUUGGAAGAUGGCGGCGCGCCGCAGCCUCGGCUCUCGCGGCCGGGGGGUCCUGCAGGCGGCGGCUGGACGGCUGUUGCCGCUGCUUCUGCUGAGCUGCUGCUGCGGCGCGGGCGGCUGCGCAGCGGCGGGCGAGAACGAGGAGACUGUGAUCAUCGGGUUGCGGCUGGAGGACACGAACGACGUGUCGUUCAUGGAAGGGGGGGCGCUGCGGGUGAGCGAGCGGACCCGGGUCAAGCUGCGGGUGUACGGGCAGAACAUCAACAACGAGACAUGGUCCCGCAUUGCUUUCACAGAGCAUGAGCGGCGGCGCCACAGCCCGGGUGAGCGCGGGCUGGGGGGCCCUGCGCCGCCGGAGCCGGACAGCGGCCCCCAGCGCUGCGGCAUCCGCACAUCAGAUAUCAUCAUCUUGCCCCAUAUCAUUCUCAAUCGCCGUACAUCAGGCAUCAUUGAGAUCGAGAUCAAACCGCUGCGCAAGAUGGAGAAGAGCAAGUCCUAUUACCUGUGCACGUCGCUCUCCACGCCAGCCCUGGGCGCCGGCGGCCCGGGGUCUGCGGGUGGCGCCGUCGGGGGCAAGGGCGGCUCCGGGGUGGCCGGGCUCCCGCCGCCCCCGUGGGCCGAGACCACCUGGAUUUAUCACGACGGCGAGGACACCAAGAUGAUCGUGGGGGAGGAGAAGAAGUUCCUGCUGCCUUUCUGGCUGCAGGUGAUCUUCAUUUCGCUGCUUCUGUGCCUAUCGGGCAUGUUCAGCGGCCUCAACCUGGGACUCAUGGCCCUAGACCCGAUGGAGCUGCGCAUCGUGCAGAACUGCGGCACGGAGAAGGAGAAGAAUUACGCCAAGCGCAUCGAGCCCGUGCGCAGGCAGGGCAACUACCUGCUGUGCUCGCUGCUGCUGGGCAACGUGCUGGUCAACACCACGCUCACCAUCCUGCUCGACGACAUAGCUGGCUCAGGCCUCGUGGCGGUGGUGGUCUCCACCAUCGGCAUCGUCAUCUUCGGGGAGAUCGUGCCCCAGGCCAUCUGCUCCCGGCACGGCUUGGCUGUGGGGGCCAACACCAUCUUCCUCACCAAGUUUUUCAUGAUGAUGACCUUCCCCGCCUCUUACCCCGUAAGCAAGCUGCUGGACUGCGUCCUGGGCCAGGAGAUAGGCACCGUCUAUAACCGGGAAAAACUGCUGGAGAUGCUCCGGGUCACAGACCCCUACAACGACCUCGUAAAGGAGGAGCUGAACAUCAUCCAAGGAGCGCUGGAGCUCCGCACGAAGACCGUGGAGGACGUGAUGACUCCCCUCCGGGACUGUUUCAUGAUCACCGGCGAAGCCAUUCUGGACUUCAACACCAUGUCGGAGAUCAUGGAGAGCGGCUACACUCGGAUUCCAGUAUUUGAGGGGGAGCGCUCCAACAUCGUGGACCUCCUCUUUGUCAAAGACUUGGCCUUCGUGGAUCCAGAUGACUGUACUCCCCUGAAAACCAUCACUAAAUUUUAUAACCACCCCUUGCACUUUGUUUUCAAUGACACCAAGUUGGACGCUAUGCUGGAAGAAUUUAAGAAAGGUAAAUCUCACCUGGCUAUUGUGCAGCGAGUAAACAAUGAGGGAGAGGGGGAUCCAUUUUAUGAAGUUCUGGGAAUUGUCACAUUAGAGGAUGUGAUUGAAGAAAUCAUCAAAUCUGAGAUUCUAGAUGAAACAGAUUUAUACACUGAUAACAGAACGAAAAAGAAAGUGGCCCAUCGAGAAAGAAAGCAAGAUUUUUCUGCCUUUAAGCAGACAGACAGCGAGAUGAAGGUUAAAAUAUCACCACAGCUUCUCCUGGCCAUGCACCGUUUCCUAGCAACAGAAGUAGAAGCAUUUAGCCCAUCCCAGAUGUCAGAGAAGAUCCUUCUAAGGCUGCUAAAGCACCCCAAUGUCAUCCAGGAGCUGAAGUAUGAUGAGAAGAACAAGAAAGCCCCAGAAUACUACCUCUACCAGCGAAACAAACCUGUAGACUACUUCGUUCUCAUUUUGCAGGGGAAAGUGGAAGUAGAAGCUGGGAAAGAAGGUAUGAAGUUUGAAGCCAGUGCUUUUUCAUACUAUGGUGUAAUGGCCCUUACAGCCUCCCCAGUUCCUUUGUCCCUGUCUCGUACCUUUGUUGUCAGCAGAACAGAGUUGUUAGCAGCAGGUUCUCCAGGUGAAAACAAGUCACCUCCUCGCCCAUGCGGCUUGAAUCACUCGGACUCUCUCAGUCGCAGUGACCGGAUCGAUGCGAUAACGCCGACGUUGGGGAGCAGCAACAAUCAGCUCAGCUCUUCGUUCCUCCAAGUCUACAUCCCGGACUACUCGGUGCGAGCCCUCUCCGAUCUCCAGUUUGUUAAGAUCUCAAGACAGCAAUACCAAAAUGCCUUGAUGGCAUCCCGGAUGGACAAAACUCCUCAGUCUUCAGACAGUGAAAACACUAAAAUUGAAUUGACUCUUACGGAGCUGCACGACGGGUUGCCAGACGAGACGGCCAACCUGCUCAAUGAACAGAACUGUGUGACGCACAGCAAGGCCAACCACAGCCUGCACAGCGAAGGCGCCAUCUAGAGCACCGGCCUCGGCCUCCGCGUCUGACCGUGAAUCCCAUUAGUGUGCGCUUGUGUGCCAUGCUGCAUCCUGCACCAUCCUGAGACCAAAGACUUUGUCCCCUUCCUGGAAGCAGCAGAGGAGGCCGGGGAGGGCAGGAAUGGAAACUGGAGACGUGAAAUCGACAGCCAGGGCGUGGCAUUCGAGAUUAUGGAGAUGAAUUUCUUCCGCCCAAAUAGAAUCAUGUUUAUUUUUUCAGCUGUACCUUUUAUCAUUAUCCACUCUCCUCCUCCCUCGAUUUGCAUGAAGUUGAAAAUUGUUGCGAUUUAUUUUUUUCCGAGAGAUCAUGUUUUUAAAAAGUG